AAAUAGUAUUGUAAAUACUGAUAAGCUUUCAUAUAUAAAUGUGGUAGUUAUUAUGUGUUUCCCAGUAGUUCUAAUUGUAUGGUAGAAAAAUGGCAGUGUUGAAAUUGUUCGCAUGUGUUUUGUUAAUGGUAGUUGCAACUAAUGCAAACUAUUCUGUGUAUCAAACUAUAGAAAAAAUCAAAGCAGAUGGCUUCGAAGCUGAAUCCCAUAAAGUCACCACAUCUGAUGGCUACAUCUUGGAGAUGCACAGGAUCCCUCAUGGCAGAACAAAUAAGGACACGACAGAAGACCGGCCUGUGGUCCUAGCGAUGCAUGGGUUCAUGUCUGCCUCCCAAGCUUUCGUUAUGCUUGGACCAGAGAAAAGCGUUGCCUACAAUUUAGCAGACGCUGGUUUUGACGUCUGGAUGGGAAAUGCAAGAGGUACCAAGAGUUCUCGUGCUCACGUUUCAUUAAACCCUGAUGAUGCGGUGCAGAAGUACGAGUUCUUCGACUUCAGCUGGGAGGAGAUUGGAAUGCUUGAUCUACCAGCUAUGAUUGACUAUAUCCUGAAGACUACUGGGAAAGACCAGCUGCAUUACAUUGGACAUUCUCAGGGCGGUACAGUACUUCUAGUAAUGGCUUCCAUGCUGCCUGAAUACAACAACAAGAUAGCAUCAGCUCACCUUCUCGCAGGAGUUGGAUACCAAGACUACUUCCCUGAUGAGCAGUUGAUACAAUCCGCAUCAAUGACUGAUGUGAUUUAUUACACUGCGUUACAAGCGGGAGCUGUAGAGCUGUUCCCCCCCAACUCCCUCCAGAUGCUGCCUGAUGACAUAUUCCAGUGGCCUGCGUACUGCCUCGGCAAUAAGAACAUGCAGUACAUGUGUCAGAUCUUCGGCAUCUCACGUAUUACGAACAACUACAACGCAGCCACCGACCAGCCAGGAGCAGCCCUAAAACAAAUGGCGCACUACGGUCAGAACAUAAGAGACAAACUCUUCAGACGCUAUCACUACGGAGCUGCAGGGAACCAGGAGAAAUAUGGAUCAGAACUACCACCAAAAUACGACUUAAGUAAAAUAACUACGUUUGUCACAAUGCACUAUACUCUGAAUGAUAAUUUACUGGAUGAAAGAGACGUGUUAGCUAUGGUAGCUGAUAUACCAAGAGCUGUUGCUCGUCAGGUCGCGAGGACCAGCUUUGAACACGUAGACUUCGUGGCUGCAGCCGAUGCCAAGGAAUUAGUCACUGAUUAUAUCAUUGAGGAGAUUAAAAAUGCUAGUCAAGAAAACAACUUCACAGAUAACGAUCAAGUAAUCGUGGUGGACAGUCCUCCAACCAGUGCUCCAGGUACUGACUCUUCAACUGAAGCGCCUGAUGAUGCAGCUUCAACUCCAGCGCCUGAUGAUGCACCCGGAGGAGCUGGUACCAUGGUACUGAACGUCUACCUCAUAGUGCUAAGUUUAUAUGUAGUGUUAAAGUAGGUUUUAGUUGAUAAUAUUUAAGUGAAUGUAAAUAUAAUUAGGCUAAGUUUAGUAAAACAAAUAUUUAUG